GGCUCCUCAUUCCUCGUGCCCCCCCUCACCUCGCGCUCCGGCUCAUUGGGCCUGUGGGAUGGAGGACGAGUUGGAGUUGGAUGAGGAGGUCUGCAAGGGGGUAGUAAAGAUGGGUAGACGUGCUCAUCAUGAUCACUUCCCAGAUGAAAACCAUCUUAGCCAGAUGAACUCUCCAGCUGCACAGCGUCCAUCAUCUAAACCACAUAUACGAGAAGGAGUGUGGUCUGGCUUAGUUGGGGUAAAUGUGUCCAGGUCAAAAAAGAAACCUGCAGAACAAGAAGUUGAAGAUCACCGCCUAAGACAGAGCACAGAGGCAGAUGAUGGAGGAGAUAUUCCAGUGAUCCCUGACUUGGAAGAAGUACAAGAGGAAGACUUUGCCAUGCAAGUGGCAGCCCCCCCUAGCAUUCAGGUGAAUAGAGUGCUGACCUACCGUGACUUGGACAAUGACCUCAUGAAGUAUGCCGCAUUCCAAACCUUGGAUGGAGAGAUUGAUCUCAAACUACUCAGUAAAGUCUUAGCACCAGAGCAAGAAGUACGAGAGGAUGAUGUCAUCUGGGACUGGAACCAUCUCUACACGGAGGUUGCCUCUGAACAUCUAAGUGAAUGGGACUCUGGGCAGUCAGAAAAAGAAGAGAACCUUGUUGUGAACAAGAAUGCUUGAAUUUUAACUAUUUGAUUGCACAGAAGCACAGUUGUAGACACAUCUCUUUUUAGUAUGACUUUUAUCUGAGGAAUUAUUUUUGCCUACAUAAUAAUAACUUUUUCAGAAAUAUAUCUAAUAGAAUUCAAAAGGAGUUUUGUAUUGGUGCUCAAGUUAAUUGGUUAUAAUUUUUAUUAACUGAACAAUACCUUCAAUUCUCUUCAGUUGUUGUUGUUGUUGUUUAGUCGUUAAGUCGUGUCCGACUCUUCGUGACCCCAUGAACCAUAUUGCGC